AUGCUUCAAAUUCUCUGCACCGGCACACCCCACUCAAUAGGCCUUCAACACGGCAAGGCUGCAUCGCUAGAAAUAAGCCGCUCCAUAGCUUUCUACGCAUCUCUCUUCCAGAAAAUCUCCAAGCUAGACUGGUCAGCCGUCACUCAACUUGCCCUCAAAUACCAGCCAUACUUGUCCGCAAACUGGCCACAAUAUAAUUCUGAAAUGGAAGGAGUAGCUCAAGGUGCAGGAGUCAAGUAUAAAGAUAUUCUCGCGUUAAAUGUAAGGACUGAAAUUGCUUUUGGGGCGUUUAGUGAUGGAUGUACUGCUCUAUCAUGGAAAGGCGACGGUGGAAGUGUGCUAGCGCAGAAUUGGGAUUGGAAUAAUGAACAGUUACCAAACAUGAUCUGUCUCAAGAUCCAGAAAGAAGACGGCCUCAACAUCCAAAUGAUCACUGAAGCCGGCAUCAUUGGUAAAAUCGGACUCAACUCCAAAGGCGUGGGAUGCACUUUGAACGCACUAAAAGCAAAAGGCGUAUCAUUCACCAGCCUACCCUGCCAUCUCGCGCUCAGGACAGUCAUGGAAUCGUCAUCUCGGCAAGAUGCAAUCUCGAGACUCGAAGCUGCUGGUGUAGCGAGCGCAUGUCAUAUCCUCGUCGCAGACGCAACAGGUGGAACCGGUCUCGAAUGCACGAGUGACGAUAUCGUCAGAUUAGAGAUGAACGCUGAUGGGAUUGUGACGCAUACUAAUCAUAUGAUCGUCAAGCAUAAAUGGAGUGUGGUUGAAGCUCCGGACUGGUUGGUUGAUACGAGGUUCAGACUAGAGAGGAUUGGGGAGUUGUUGGAUGGGGUUAAAAGGAAGGGAGUCAGUGUUGAGGCUGUGGAAGGCAUGUUGAUGGAUGAGCAGAUGGGGUGUGGUGCGUCGAUUUGUAGGAAGGAGACGGAUGUAGAGGGGAGUUUGGCGACGUUGUUUAGUAUUGUGAUGGAUCUGGAGGCGAGGACGGCGAAGGUAUCGAUGGGGAGACCGGUGGCGCCAGUGGAGAAAUUGGUGUUAUCUCCAUGA